CAGCCAGCGCGGGGCCGCGCCGGGGGGCCGGGGCCGGGGGCCGGGGCCGGGGCCGGGGCCGGGGCGGGCGGCGGGGCCCGCCGGUCGGCCGGCGCCAUGGGCACGGUGCUGUCGCUGUCGCCGAGCUACCGGAAGGCCCCGCUGUUCGAGGAGGGGGCGGCCACGGUGGGGCACUACACGGCGGUGCAGAACAGCAAGAACGCCAAGGAGAAGGGCCUGAAGCGGCACUCCCUGAUCUCGGUUCUUCCCUGGAAGCGCAUCGCCGCCGUCUCGGCCAAGAAGAAGAGCUCCAAGAAGGUGCAGCCCAACGGCGGCUACCAGAGCAACGUGACCCACCUCAACAACGAGAACCUGAAGAAGUCGCUCUCCUGCGCCAACCUUGCCACCUUCGCCCCCCCGCCGCCCCCCGCCGCCGCCGCCGCCGCCCUCGCCUCGGCACAGAAGGUGCCGCCGGCCGCGCCCGCCGCCGCCGCCGCUACCCCGCGCCGGGUCGUGGUGCAGGCGUCCACCAGCGAGCUGCUGCGCUGCCUGGGCGAGUUCCUCUGCCGCCGCUGCUACCGGCUGAAGCACCUCUCGCCCACCGACCCCGUGCUCUGGCUGCGCUCCGUGGACCGCUCGCUGCUGCUGCAGGGCUGGCAGGACCAGGGCUUCAUCACGCCGGCCAACGUGGUCUUCCUCUACAUGCUCUGCCGGGACGUCAUCUCAGCUGAGGUGGCCAGCGAUCACGAACUGCAGGCAGUGCUGCUUACCUGCCUGUACCUCUCCUACUCGUACAUGGGCAACGAGAUUUCCUAUCCGCUCAAGCCCUUCCUGGUGGAGAGCUGUAAGGAGGCCUUCUGGGACCGCUGCCUCUCCAUCAUCGACCUCAUGAGCCCCAAGAUGCUGCAGGUCAACGCCGACCCGCACUACUUCACCCAGGUCUUCGCCGACCUCAAGAAGGAGAGCGGCGCCGAGGAGAAGGGCCGGCUGCUCAUCGGCCUCGACCGGUGAGCGCCCGCCGCCCCCGGCCCCGCUCCGCUGCCCCGACCCGCGGCGCUGCCCGGCGGGGAGAGGCGGGGGCUGCUGCCGCUCCCCCGGGCCCGGGCCUAGGAGCAGGGGCACACGGGACGUCCGAAGCGCAGCCCCCCGGUUGCCCCCCCCCCCCCUUCCCCCCCCCCCCCCCCGCCCCAGGCCGCUGCUUCCAAGCCAUGCCCCAUUCCCGUCCCGCGGGCCCGGGGGUGCAGCGGCUCCGCCACCAGAUUGAUUUCAGCGAACUGGUGGAGGAGGGGUCCCCUUCGUCCCGUGUGUGGCCCCCCCCAGCCGACCCCUCCCCAGGGCAGCGGAGCGGGGCUUCGCGGGCGGGCGGCGGGGGCGGCCCCGGCUCCUGCGGCCGCAGCGCCCGGGUGCGGGGCCGGGCACCGCAUAGCCGAGACAAAGACCAGGUAGGGGGGAAGAAGAAAAAAAAACCAACAAAAAACAAAGGAGGAAAAGGAGGAGGGGAAAAAAAGGAAGAAAAAAAAAUUUUUUGCUCUAAAGGCUUCACCGGAGGCGGCUGAACGGGGCCGAUUGUGACUUUAUGGCGCCGGAGCAGCCGGCAACGGGACAGAGGCGGGCACGGCCCGGGGAGCCCCGGCCCUCGCCGCCCCCCCGCCCCCCUCCCCCCCCGCCUCCUCCCGCCCCUUUAUUUAUUUUCUUUGAAGAGACUCGAAUUUCCCGAGCGGGUCUGGGUUAAGGGAAAUAACCGCUACUGUAUAAUGACAUCAAUGUGAAAUGUCUUGUUCCCAUCGUGCACUGAUCAUGAGUAUUGUGUAAAGGAUCUACUUGAGUGUGCAAGCAAGGAAAGAAUCUACAUGCUGCUAUAUGAAUACUUUUAGAACAAAAAAAAACCAAGAAAAAAAACCACAAAAAACUACUAACCGGGGGGGGGGGGGGAGAAAGAAAAAACCCUUCUUUAUUCUUUCAUUGUUGCUUUUACAGUGGUAUUGCGCAUGCAAACAGGAGCAUUUUGUGUCUUAAAAAAAAAAAAAAGAAAAAAAACAUUAAAAAUAAUAAUCAAAAGAAAAACCUUAACAAGAGAUGGCUGUACAAAUUACACCCAUGCACAAAGACCUGACACCACCCCGAUACUGCAGUCUUGAGCUGGUAUUCCCUUAUCAGGCCUGGGGACUGAUAAGUUUUUUGGGGGUUUUAUUUUUUUUUCUCCGUGUGCACAGUUCUAGUUUAGUUCUGGUCCAUCGAGCGUUAAACUUGCAGACGAGAGGGAGAAAUAAUGUGCCAUUUAUUUUUAUUUUUUAUUUUUCACUUGAAGCUCUUCAUCGCUGUACAUUGGACCCUGCUAAUGAUACAUGUGUACGUACGUUUUUUUAGUGCAAUCUCUUCUGUAGAUCUUUGUUGACCAAAUUGGUGGAUAUUGUUACUUAUUAAUUUAUAUUUGUCUCAUUUUGUAUGUAUGUGUAUAGUGUGUUUGUAAGUAUGUGUGGUUUAUAACCUGACCGACUGUGUCAUGGGGCUCAGUGUGCCUGUAAUUUAAUCCCCUCCCCUUAUUUUUAUUUAUUUUUGUACUGUGCUGAUUAAAUAAAAAUGCACUGACCAUCCAUUACACAGCA